UGCCAACCCAUUCGUGUUAUGAUGGACUUGUAACAGAAAGCCCGAAUACCUAAGCCUCAUUUAAAACCCUAUUUCUCAUCAACGUUUCACAGCUCUACUUCCACUCAAAAACCCUAGCUAGGAAGGCGCCUCUGCAGAUCGCUCUCUGCUUUUGCUAGCGCAGCAACAAUGGUGCGAGUCAGUGUCUUGAAUGAUGCUCUGAAGAGCAUGUACAACGCAGAGAAACGUGGGAAGCGUCAGGUCAUGAUCAGGCCUUCCUCAAAGGUGAUCAUCAAGUUUCUUUUGGUGAUGCAGAAGCACGGAUAUAUUGGCGAGUUUGAGUUUGUAGAUGAUCACAGGGCAGGUAAAAUUGUGGUCGAAUUGAAUGGAAGGCUGAACAAAUGUGGUGUUAUCAGUCCACGUUUUGAUGUGGGUGUCAAGGAGAUUGAAACUUGGACUGCAAGGUUGCUCCCUUCAAGACAGUUUGGAUACAUUGUCUUGACAACUUCUGCUGGCAUUAUGGACCAUGAAGAGGCCAGAAGAAAGAAUGUUGGUGGUAAAGUGCUGGGUUUCUUUUACUAGGAUAACUUUAGUUGGAUUGAAAGUGAGUGAACUGUUCCGAUUAUAAGUUUUGGCUUGUACUCUGGAAUUUCUCUUACAAUACAAGUCGUUCUAGGCGUUGCUUUA